CUUUUAGGUUGCAAAUAGUUUCGAUGUAUUUUGGAUUUGUGAUGAUAAAAAAAUAUUAAUAGAGAUGUUACACUACACUUUUUAAUAUUCCCAUUAUUGAAUGAGUAUAUCGUAUCGUUUAGCACCAUAUAAUACCUACUGCAAUGUGUGUCAAAUAUUAGUAAUCUAAUUUAUUUCUACUCGAAUUCGAAACUGAUAAUAAAUGUCGGGUUAAAAAUUAAAUAAAUAAUGCUAAUCGCAGGCGGGAAUGACGUAUCUAUUUGACUAGUCCGUGUUAACCUAAUAUUCUAAACCUUUAUAGAAAAUACAAAUAUCAAAAGUCGAUUAUAAUACCUAUUACGAAUUCAUAGUAACUAGAUGUAAACACAAUACAUACGACUCUAUCACAAAAUCAAAAAGUGAAGUAAAUAAUUAUUUUGAAUUCAAAAUAUGUAUUUAAGGCGAAGUACGACAGUGAAAUACGUGAUAGCGUCCUUUAUUGGGGCUGUUAUCUACUGUGAAUGGUUUAUCUACAUCAUACAGCAACAGUACUGGACAGAAUUGGAAUGCAAUGACCAUGACGCAACUUGUAAGAAAAUUUUGUUCAUAGCUGAUCCUCAAAUUCAAGGAGAUGAAGCCGUCCCACCUCCUUUAAGCUACCUCUUUAAUUGGGACAGUGAUCGUUACCUGAGGUCAACAUUCAAAGUGGUAGUGGAGUACUUAAAGCCGGAUAUCCUGGUGUACCUAGGUGACCUGAUGGAUGAAGGCUCCAUUGCUACCAUGCCGCAGUUCCAUGGCUACGUCAAGAGACUGGCUAGUAUAUUUGAAUGGGACUACCCUGCCGUGCAAGUCUGGAUACCAGGUGACAACGACAUAGGCGGAGAGAAUGAACCAAUCCGUUACGAUAAAAUAGAGGAAUUUGAGGAAGUGUUCAAACAGCCGUCCAUUGUAGUAUAUUCCAAUAUCUCAUUUUACAAAGUAAAUGCCAUUACUUAUACAUUCCCACAAAAGGCUGAUGAGAUCCCUGGCUCAGAGAUGAAUUUCAAGAUCGCUGUGUCUCACUAUCCAGUUACUGAGAAAUCUAUGUUUGCAUACCAGAUAAUGAAAGCUAUAAACCCUAACAUAUUUUUCUGCGCUCACGACCAUGAUUCGAAGUAUGUAAAGCAGAAUAAGAACCUUGGUCACAGGAAGACGGUUUGGUUAAAUAGACCGAAUCCAACCCUCAAUAUAUCCUUCGAUGAGGAGUCUCUAUAUGAGGUGUUCGUGCCAACCUGCUCAUAUAGAAUGGGCACCAACUCCAUUGGGUAUGGUGCUGCCGUUCUAGAAAACAACCAACAAAACAUGAGAUAUACUGUAUUUUGGUCGCCAACGAGGUUUCCCUGCUUAAUUCUCUAUUUAUCUAUGCUGGUAAUACUGCUUAUGUACUGCCUAGUGUUCUGUGUUGCCAGACUUUGUCACAGAAAGUCCACAUUGGUAGCUAAAAGUGCCGAUAUGUCUCCAUUGCUACAACGAAUUUAGCAGACUUUAGCACUUAUCCCAGUGUUAAUAAGUGCCAAUUUGUAAUGUAUACUCAAUUACUCAGUCGUAACAUAAGUUGGCUGAUAUAAAUUCAGUCGGACACUUAAAUCUACUGUUUAUAAGUAGAUACUAGAUUUCAUUGGCAAGGUAAGUCCAAAUAAUUAGUUAUUGUAUAUAACUAUGCUUAAUAUUAGCCUAAAUUGAUUGUAUAUGCAGCAAUUUGUCAAAACAUAAUCUUAUUUAGGUACCUAAGUAUCUAUUGAAUUGAAAUGGGAAACUAUAAGUCCGUUAUGAAACCAGUGAAUUGAUUGAUAAAUUGACUAUGGAAUUGAAAAAAAACAUGACCUAUAAUAACAACCCCAGUUUAGCAUUUACCAGUACCUACCUACCUAAAUAAAAUUGGGAAAAAUGCCUUUAGUUAGAUUUUUAUUUACUUUAUGACCUAUUUUUAGAGAACCUACUUAAACUCAGUACAAUGAUUUGUAUUUAUUUUAUUUUUCGAAAUAAUAUUUUAAUUGAUUUUUUAAAGACGUUGUGUUCUUGUCGCUGUGAGAUGAAACCUUCGUGCUCCCUUUAUGAAAUGUUUUAUUUUUAUUAAUAGUUAUACAAAAUUAUAUUGUGUGUUAAUUUAGUUAUAAUUAUUUUUACCUAAGUCUUUUAAUAAUUCUCCAAUGGACUUUAUAUGUGCAUUUACGUAUUAUGAUAAUUAUUUAGAAAUUCUCGGCCCAAAUUGAAUUGGCUGUGCUUUUACUAAUUAUGAAACGUAACCCCGUCGAUGUCAGAAUUGAAAUUAAAUAAUGGCAUUUAUUUAAAAAAUAUGUAUUGUGCUAAAUAAUGAUAAAAUUAUUACUAGUAAAGAUAGGUAUCUAUAAUGUCGGAAUACUAAAACGCUACUCAAUUUUAAGUUGUGCUUAUGUAUAGUUCUAUCUCUACAAAUUCUUUGUAAAAUGACAGAGAUG